ACUGUCCUUCACUUGUAACCCUAACUCUCUCUAAUCUUCCCCUUUUGCCUAAAAAAUGGGUGUGAUGAUUGAAUAUGUGUUUAGCUGGUUUACGCCCACUGUUCUCUUCUGCGUGUUGAAUCUCGCCAUUGCUACUCUUCUCAUUACUUCCACCUUCAGAAAUACUAGUAAUGACAAGAAACAAGAGGCCAGUGAAGAUCAACUCCCUACAACUCCAUCUCUGUUACAGCGUGUGAGGUCUGUAAACUUGUCUUUAUUCCCAGAUCCAUUUAAUUAUUCCCCUUUAACUACUCAUUAUAAUUUCCCCCAAAACAGUCCCUCUUUGCUUCAGCGAGUCCGUUCUAUCAAUUUCUCUUUCUCUUCCCAAAAACCCACCCCACCAUUUCCAUCUCUCGAUGAACAACAAGUAGAAGAUUUGAAAUGUCACGUGACAAGAAGCAAAUCUGUCACGUGCGCUGAGGAGGAGAAAAAAGUAGGGAAUCAUCAUCAUCGUGGUGGUGGUGGUGGAGGGAGGAAGUUGUUUAGGGAUGAGGAAGAAAAUGCAGUUGAUAAGAAAGCAGAUGAUUUUAUAAAUAAGUUUCGGGAGGAAUUGAAGAUGCAAAGAGUUCAAUCUAUGGAAAUGUUGAAUAGAGGAGUCUCCAUUUAAGACAUAUGAUAAUCAUUUCUUUUCUCUCUAAUUCAAAACUCAAAACAUGUCCGUCUCUUUAUUGAAUUGUAUUCUUUUACUAUUUUAAUUUCUUAUGAUAAAAGUAAGUGGCAAUUUUUUUGUUUA